UCAUUUAUUACUUUUACACAUACCGGUAGGAUAGUUAGAAACAGAAACAUGAAGUUACUUGGUAUUUUUGCCUGUUUGGUUGCCGUGGCGAUGGGGAGUGAUGUCAUAGAACUCACAGACAACGAUUUCAAAAAUAAGAUUGGAACUUAUGACAUCGCACUUGUUGAAUUUUUUGCACCAUGGUGUGGGCAUUGCAAAAGACUUGCACCCGAAUAUGAGAAAGCUUCAACUGCACUUAAGUCAGAUAAGUCCAGCGCUGUUUUGAUCAAGGUUGACUGCACGGCUAAUACAGGGACAUGCGGAGAGUACGGUGUAUCUGGAUACCCCACGCUCAAAAUUUUCCAAGGAGGGAAAAUGGCUUCCGAUUACAGUGGGCCAAGGGAGGCAGGAUGUUUUUGCUGGCCCUGAUGGAAAACUUGGACGAACUUCUGUAGUCAAACAUAAGAUUAAAACGUCAACAUCUGAAACAAUUAAAGUUCCACCUCGACGUAUGGGAUGGGCGAAGAGAGAAAUUGCAGAGAAACAAGUACAGAGCAUGCUUGAUCAAGGUGUAAUAGAACUGAGUGAAAGUCCCUACAAUUCAACUAUUGUUCUCGUUCCUAAGAAGGACGGAAGUUCUCGUUUUUGUAUAGACUUUAGACAUUUGAAUCUUGUAACAAUCAAAGACGCCUACAGUUUGCCAAGAAUUGAUGAUUGAUUGCAAGUGUGUAUUUUGUAAAUAUUAUGCUGUAUAUUUGCCAUACUUUCAGUAAUUUUGCUAAUACCUGCUGAUUGACACAUUGUGUUUUCUACGAGUUAAUACCUUUCUUCGGGAAUGUUUUUAUUUUUGAGAGUAAAUUUUUUGUGAAUUUUCUCUAAACAAAUGGGGGGUAUUGGGGCGGGGCUGGAAUUGUCCUAUUUAUUAUUGUUUUGUAUUUUAUUUAUAUUUCGUGUCUAGUUAUUGCAUAUGCAUUGGUGUGUGGAGUCUGAGCCUUAAUUUGCCCGACAGUUGGUUUCAGUUACUCGACUCCAACCACCACUGCGUAUGUGAACUGUGCUGCGAAUUCGCAGUGUCAUACUCUUCUUGCUUCUGCUGUCGCUGGAUGAGAAUCGUAUUUUGUCGCUCUUAUUUUAUCUGCUUUAAGCGUGGAUUUUACACCAUUUUAUAAAGUCUCUUCGUUUGCAUUGUGAACUUCGAAUCUAUUUGUGUGUCUUUGCAGCACACUGGAUCUUCUGAACUAAUUAUUACAGUAUUAUUAGACUGUAUUAGUGGCGAGCACCUACCGGUAUACCGGUUGAAUCGUACUGUGCAAUAUAGCGUCUGAUUGGCUGCUCUCCUUAACCAGUGUGCGCGCGCAUUAUUACUAAUGCCACGCCUCCAAUGUCGGUGAUUACUACCGACAUUUGUCGGUGAAUCAGUUUACCGACCUCAUUUUUUACCCCUUAAAUGACGGUAAAAUUUACCGAACAUUUCUAAGAGUGCACGGAAUGUACGUAUGGAUCGCUUUGUUAUUAUAUUGUUGUCGAUCGUGUCAAUUUCUUUUUCUUCUCCUUGUUGUGAAAAAAUCGCUUUUUUACCCAUUCGCUUUGAAAUUUUUGUGUGCGAUCACGUUAUUACAUUUAAAAAUUACG